UUCCAUCCGCGGAUAGCGAAGCCACCAUUUUGAUGUUAAAAUAUAUAUAUGUAAUUUUUUCGAAGAAGUUUUGAUUACGAUAAAGAAAUUUUAUUAUAAAUUGAUUUAAUUUUCGAUUGAAACUGAGAUCGUUUGAAAGAAAUUGUAUAAAUUUUCAAGUUAUAUCUGGUGAUUAGAAGUGGAUCGGUGGAUCGAGUAGGAUCAGGUGGGGCAGCAAAUAGGUUCCUGAAAGAACGCAGUCUUAUCGUACAGCUGCUGCAAAGUGAGAGAGAGAGAGCCUCUUUAUGUCUUUUUCGUAAUAUUCAGUUUACUGAAUCCACCUGGAGAAUGGAAGCGAUCGCUAAACACGAUUUUAAUGCCACAGCCGAUGAUGAACUCAGCUUUAGAAAGGGACAAGUUUUGAAGGUUUUGAAUAUGGAAGAUGAUAUGAACUGGUAUAGAGCAGAAUUAGAUGGAAGAGAAGGUUUAAUCCCAAGUAAUUACAUAGAAAUGAAGAAACAUGAUUGGUAUUAUGGCAGGAUUACAAGAGCUGAUGGUGAAAAACUUCUUGCAAAUAAACACGAAGGUGCUUUUCUGAUACGUAUCAGUGAAAGUUCACCUGGAGAUUUUUCUCUAUCUGUGAAAUGUGGUGAUGGUGUCCAGCAUUUCAAGGUGCUCAGAGAUACCCAAGGAAAGUUUUUCCUUUGGGUAGUGAAAUUUAAUUCUUUGAAUGAGCUUGUUGAAUAUCAUCGUUCUGCUUCAGUUAGUCGUUCCCAGGAUAUAAAGUUGAAAGAUAUGCAACCUGAAGAGUUUUUGGUGCAAGCUAUGUACGACUUCCAGCCACAAGAACCGGGAGAACUGGAAUUCCGUCGUGGUGACAUUAUUACCGUACUUGAUAGAUCGGACCAAAAUUGGUGGGAAGGUGAAAUUGGAUCAAAGAGAGGUUAUUUUCCUGCAACCUAUGUUGUUCCAUACCAUACAUAAAUAACAUCAAGGAUUGAACUGUAUAUAUUUCAGAGAUUUACACUCAAAUAAUUUGGCAGAUGUUCAAACAGCUUAACUAUUUGUUUUGUACUGCCAACAGUGAACAUUGUUUUGGGUGCUUUCUUUUCCUUUAUCAUUUUAAUAAAUUUUGGCAAAUGUUAAUAUGUUAUCCAAAGAAAUUCAAUAUUCUUUGUGAAUAGAAUCUCUGGAUUGUUAAAAUUGACAGUUUGGUAUUUGUCCCAAACAAACAGCUGAAAACACAAAAUCAUGAGCUCUCUCUACAUUGUUUUGGCAAAUUUUUUUUUAAUUAUCUUGUAAUCUUAUCAGGUGCUAUAUGUUGUUCUGUCAAAUGCAUGAUAAUAUGCCAUUUUAGCAAUUAGUUUAUCAGUAUUUACAGAACAUUUAAUUAUGAUAAUUAGAUUGAUACUAUAAUCUCAUGUAUGUUACUCAGUGUAAGCCUUUGGUGUUCAUUAUAUGUAUUGGUUGUCCAGAGAAUGUUUUGCCAUGAUUAAAUUCUUCCCUUAUUGCAGCGAACAAAAAGUUUUACAUUUUUAUGACAAAACAAUGCAAACAUGUUCACUGCAAACAUGUUAAUUAAAACACAUGUAUUAUAUAUAUAUAUAGGCAUUUCAAUAGAUGAAUUUGGUGCUUACUGUAAAUUUUAUUCUUUUUAAUAAUUGCUCAUAAUUAUAAAUCUUAUUUAAUGUUUGUUAUUCUUUAAUUAUGUAAAUUUUUAAAACUAGUUUUGAAGGCACUACUUAUAUUGUAGCAUUUGAAAUUCACAUUUUGAUAAGUCACAACUUUGUAAUAUCACACUUCCAAUUGUAUAAUGUGUAAAUUAUAGUGCAUUAAUUCAAUUUUUCAAGUAAUUGCAUUACUUUUUUUAAUUAUAAUCUGUUAUAAUGUUGUGACUAAAGUCAGAUUAAGAGAUUUGAUUUGAUAUAUUUUCAUUUUACUUGAACUUAUAUUAUAAUUAUUAUUAUUAUUUUGCAAGUGUUUGAAUUUUAUUAAAUAAACAACAUAUGGUCGUUCCUAUGAUAAAACUAUCAAAGUAAUAAUUUGAAAUACAUUUCGAUCACGGUCGUAAUUAUUGGCUUACAAUUUAAUUAGUGCCAUACACUAUAAAUACACAUUGUUUACAUGACAUAAUUGAUGCUUCACAACAUUAUUUUUUGUUACUUGAUAACAAAUAAUUUUUUUGUUUUUUAGAAUAAUGUUGAUUUAUAUAUUGGCUAAUCAAUCUUUACAAUUUUGAUUUUAAAUUUUGGAAAUAUUUAACGGAACUGGUCUUCAUCAAUGCGUAUGUUUAGUUUCCGUUCCAGUUCGGACAUCAUAUGAUUAUCACAACUCUCCUCUUUUUUGAAGAAUCUUGUGCAGAAA